AUGGACCAUUGGCCUUGGCCACGGAGCAUCAACCCAAAUGCUGAGGAGGUCAUGGCCGCUUCUGCAGAGGGGUGCCGCUCCUUUCAUGCGUUCAACACGACAUCCCAGCGGGCUUUCGACAAAUGCAAGGUUGGACUCUGCGGUGCCCUGGUCUACCCGUUCUCUAACAGAGAGUUGCUCAGGACCGGUUGCGAUUUAUUCAAUCUCUUCUUCACCUUUGACCACUACACCGACGUAGAAGACGCGGAAGGGUGUCAAAAGAUGGUCGACGCAGUCAUCGACGCGUUGCAUCAUCCGGACCAGCCGCGUCUGGAAGGCGAAGUCAUCCUCGGAGAGAUCACUCGGCGCUUCUGGGCACGUGCGAUCGAGAGCGGUUCUGUUGGUCCCGUCGCCCAGAGUCGCUUCGUGGACUAUUUCACCAAGUAUGUCAGAUCAGUAGUUGACGAAGCCGCGGAUCGGGACAAGGACAUUUAUCGCUCAGUGGACGGCUAUCCUGCUAUCCGCCGGGAUACGGUCGGCUUCCGCCCCUUAUACGCUCUCAUGCUGCAAGAGCUCCCAGACGAGAUUGUCUAUCACCCUGCCAUGGUUGAAAUGAGCGCAUGCGUCACGGACAUGUUGAUCAUCGACAAUGACAUCAUCUCUUACAACACAGAGCAAAGCGCUGGCGACGCACGGCACAAUCUCGUCACAAUCACUAUGCUCGAACACAAGCUCCUCCUCGGCGACGCUAUCAAUCUCCUCGUCCAGCAGCACAUCACUUUACAGGAGAGGUUCCUGAAGGCCUACCAUUCCUUUGAUCCUCAAUGGGACGCCUUUACGAAUCAACAGCUCCGCGAGGCGCUCCGCGAUGUCGCGAACUGCCCGCGUGGCGCGUACUGCUGGCACUUCGAAUGUGGCAGGUACUUCGGAAGCAAGGGCGCAGAGGUUGCCAUGACACACCGCGUGCAGCUCCUACCGCAGCUGCUGAAUGGGGAUCGGAGGCAGGAGAACGUCGUUAUACCUGACAUCGACGAAUUGUGGGGAAAGACGGAAGAGUUGGCGGUGUGA